AUGCAGCUAAGAUUUUGGUUCCAUGGCGAUGAUGAUGAAGAUGGGGAAAGUGAUGUCGACAGCGACGUAGACAACGACGGUGCUAUUAUCCCCAAAGAUGGUGAUGGUGAUGAUGCUGAUGAUGACGACUACGAAAGCUAUGAAGGCGAACGCGGUCGAUUUGGCCUUGAGAACAGGCGCAAAUUUGACAGAAGAAGACGUUAUCAACAUGAGGAGGAGGAAGAAAUUGGUGAACAAAAUAAAGUUUACCGAUGCAUAAGGUAUGGAUGCUUCGGUAGAUAUGGAUAUGGAGCCUAUGAUGACGAUGAGGAAUAUGCUAACGACCCCUGGGAAAACUACUACAGAAAGCAUGGUCACGGCAGAGGAGGCCACUACGGUUGGGGAAGAGAUCUCUUUUCCAGCGGUGAUGAGGAGGAAAUCGACGAAAUUUAA